AUGGCUGCCUCCACUCCCAUGCUAUCUGCUGUACUCCUCUUCUUCGUGCCUGUCAUCACCGGCGGCUCCGGCUCCGGCUCCGUCGGGGCGAGCACGGCGCUAGACGACGUGUGCGGCGGUAUGGGCGGCUACUACGUGACACCGGAGCUCGGCGUGCUGUGCGCGGACCCGUCGUCGCGACGCCGGCCAGGCUCGCGGCGGCCAACGCCACCGCAGCCAGAGACAGCUAGUCUCGAGGCCGCGCGGUCGUGGGCGCAAGGGAGCGACAGCGAGAGCUUCACCAGGGAUCAGCGCAACCUCGUCGAUCUCUCUGUCGCAGUGCUUCGCAAGGACAUCGUACGGGCGAAGAAGUUAGCAAAAAGGCUGGAUGAUAUCGAUGUGGACCAAGUGUGGGGAGAGCUGGCAUUACUCGACGCAUCGAAGAACCCCGAGGCCCAAAAGCUUGCCGGACCGCUUCACCACGCCGCCCUGAGCGGCUACAAGGCUAUGUGCAAGCUCAUCAUCACACAAUGCAAAUGUGACGUCGAUGCUGCCACGAUUGAUGGUACGACACCCCUAAUGUUUGCAUUAAAUCAUGAGGGAAAUGAAGCCAUUGUCAAAUAUCUUAUCAACAAUCAUGCUGAUCCGAACAAAGCAGACAAUUCUGGAAUUACUCCACUCCACAUGGCGGCAACUCAAGGCUACUAUGAAAUUGCAGAGUACUUGUUGUCAAAAGGAGCUAAUGUUGACCCCUUAUGUCAAGAUGGUGAAUCACCGCUAUUCUGUGCUGCUAUCCAGGGAAAUGAAAGAAUAGUGACACUCCUUUUGAAGCAUAACGCAGAUUAUAACAGAGUGUCAAAGAAAAUGUUAACACCGCUGCUCGCGUCCCUCCAUGGUUCUUCAUUGAGUUGCUUGGAGAUACUAAUUGAGGCUGGUGCUGAUGUGAAUGGGACUGGUUGUUCUGUACCUCCAGUAGCGCUAGCUGCUUAUAAAGGCUUAGAUCGCUGCAUCCAGUGUUUGUUGAGAAACGGUGCUAAUCCCAAUGUACCUGAUGAAGAUAAUAACAUCCCAGUCCAAAUUGCUGCGGUCAAAGGAUGGGAGAGAUGCGUGGAGAUUCUUCUCCCUCACGCACCCCAUUUGCCACAAUAUGAAGGCCUGAGCAUUUCUGAAAUAGUCCAGUGGGAAAGAACUGCAGCUCAGGUUGGUCACCAGGAUCCAGCCUUGUAUGCAAAGAGGAGUCUUUGUCAUCUACAUCUGCAUGCUCCGGCAAAAUUUAUUGAGGAAGCAAUUAACUACAUGAAUAUGGUGCAGCCGAAUUUAUCGACACUUGACCCUGAAUCUGAUGCUAGGAAAUUGGUGCUGGAUUUUGCUAGAACCUGGAAAGAACCGGGGUCUGCUUCGAGGCUGGGUUCUGGAAGUAGCCCGACCGACAAAACUGACAAAACAUCAAGACAAAAUUGUAUUGAAACAAUAAAAAGGAGUUUAACGGUUGAGGAGUCACUGGAAGAACAGAUAGCUGAUGUGAGGUCUAAAGGAAAAGAAGCGUUUGCAAAGGGGGACUACUUUGAUGCAGCCUACUUCUAUAUGCUGGCAAAUGCUUGA